UUUUCAGAAGAGUUAUACUGACUGACAGUGAAGACUUAUGCCAUACAAUUGUGUAGUCAUUUUGAACUCUGAAAAACUUCCCUUUAUCUGUUGGAACUUAUACUCUACACUUGGAGUGGUCAAAAUUAUAGGAUGUCCUCCUAUAAAUGUCCAGAGGAGGGUGCAAUCAAAAGCCACAACUGCGUCUUGAUUUACAAAUCAGGGACAGAAGGAGAUGAAAACCACACUCCGGACAGUAACUUAAUCAAACUCUCCACCAAGAUAUUAAAAGUGAAGAGACUGGAAGAAAUCGCCACAUGCUACAACAGUAACCACCUGGAGAAAAUGGCCUUCUUCCAGUGCAUGGACGAGGAUGAGAAGAUGAAAUGUGUUCUGGAAGAAAGUUCUAGUGAACAGGAUUCAGGAUCUGAAAAUAAUGAGGCUAAGGAGAAGGUGUGGUUAUAUCCCAACCUGAAGGAAAUGGCAUCUGUCAAAGGAAAGAGGACAUCAACCCUUACAGAUGACUGCCUGGCUCCUCCUGCACCCUUUCAUCACCGGAUUGUAACAGCCAAACAGACAGCCAUCAACAGUUUUUAUACCGUGAGCAGAACAGAAAUUUUAGGAGGGGGGCGCUUUGGCCAGGUUCACAAGUGUGAAGAGAAAGCAACAGGUCUGAAGCUGGCCGCUAAGAUUAUCAAGACCAGAAGCAGGAAGGAUAAGGAUGAAGUGAAGAAUGAGAUCAUUGUCAUGAACCAGCUGGAUCAUGUGAACCUCAUUCAGCUCUAUGAUGCCUUCGAGUCUAAGAAUGACAUUGUCCUCGUCAUGGAGUAUGUGGAUGGAGGUGAGCUGUUUGACCGGAUCAUCGAUGACAACUACAAUCUGACCGAGCUUGAUGCCAUCCUGUUUAUCAAGCAGAUAUGUGAGGGAAUACGACACAUGCAUCAGAUGUACAUUCUCCAUUUGGACCUAAAGCCUGAGAAUAUCCUGUGUGUGAAUCAGGAUACUAAACAAAUAAAAAUUAUUGAUUUUGGAUUGGCCAGAAGAUACAAACCCAGAGAAAAGCUGAAGGUGAACUUUGGAACUCCAGAAUUUCUUGCCCCUGAAGUUGUGAACUAUGAUUUUGUUUCCUUUCCCACUGACAUGUGGAGUGUGGGGGUCAUUGCCUAUAUGCUACUUAGUGGUUUGUCCCCCUUCCUGGGUGAUAAUGAUGCUGAGACCCUGAACAACAUCCUGGCCUGCAGGUGGGACUUGGAGGAGGAAGAAUUUCAAAACAUCUCAGAGGAAGCCAAGGAGUUCCUCUCCAAGCUUCUAAUUAAGGAGAAAAGUUGGAGAAUAAGUGCAAGUGAAGCUCUCAAGCACCCUUGGUUGUCAGACCACAAGCUCCACUCCAGACUCAAAACACAGAAGAAGAAGAAUUGCAGCUCCAAUACUCGGGAAUUUGUGACCAAAUAGUCUACAGAAGGUGCCCAUUGAAAGGAAAACUGCUGGGGUUGCUGCUGCUUUGAGAUUUUUGGAAAAAACAGCCGUUCUGAUACCUUGACUUCCACGAUGACUGGUGGCCUUGGGGGAAUGGGGGCUGCCUCGAACUCAGAGCACCCACUUCCAGGGGGACUCCCAGUGCGUUGGUCCCAGGGGUACAGGCAAACCCUACACCCUUUUUCUCACUUUCCCAUACUCUGUGGUAAUGCACACUUGGGAAGAUAUUUUCCUGCCAUCUUGGGUUUUUUAUUUUUAUUUUUAUUUCUUGAUUUUAGUCACAGGACAAGGGGUGCUUAUUUCUGCUACUUCUCAGUGUACUCGCACAAUCAUACUGUAAAUUUAUUUUAAACUUGGGGGAUGCAUUUAGAGGGAGAAAAGUACUCUCAAUCUUUUCUCCAACUAUGCCUUUCAAAAGGGUAAUUAUAUCACCAGAAAAAAAUUCUGAGUGAAUUGAACACUUAGUUUCUUAGGCUUCAUUAUUUUGAUAUGGUCUGAAACUAGGUAAAUCCAAUCAAUAAAUAAUUUGCUUUCUGGAAUGUAAACUUUCUUUGAAUUCUGAAGCAAGAGGCAUCAGACAUUCUUCCACUUAUUAUGCAUUUUCCUCCAAGUGCAUCAGUUUCUCCCAAGUGACUGAUUUUAUUUCACAUGAAUAUGGUAAUAUGCAUUUUCAUAAUGCAUCCCUGCUUUCUUCUGACCGAACACUCAUCCAUGUGAAAUAGACUGGUUUUGAGAGGUGUUACAAGAGAUAUAUGUUUAUGGUUGGUUUUUAAAAACCUUUGGAAUAAUGUUAACAGUGAUAAGAGCUUUCCUCAUGCCGAACUUGUCGACAAGAAAAGAUGGGACUUGUUUAUCCUGUAGAAGGAUGGAAGGACAGUGCUGUGCUGGCAAUGUUGAAGUGACUUGAAAAGUAGUCUUCAAGUAAACUCAAACAAUUUUGAAGCCUCAUGAACCUACCUACAUGGGGUCUCAUGAGGUUUGAUGGUUGUGAAGAAAGAGGAUUAGAAAUCAAAGGUUAUAGGGACACCUCUGCUCAUGUUUUUGGACACAAGCAGGAUUUCCAGUUGAAGUUGCUUCUUGUUCUUGAGCUCCUGUACCAUUUUAUUACAAAUAUUUAAUAAGGGAAAUAAGACCUACUGUGUAUGGUACAAAGAGGCACAGAGCCACUCAAGAAUAAAGCGUGGCAUGGUUUCUUUAUGAAAAAGACACAAUGCAAAGUUACACUUAACUCCAAUUACACACCCAACACCAAGCUCACUGUUCAGCUUCUUACACUUUCCUCACACUUUAUGUUUCCAAAUAACUACUCUAUUGGGAUUCGCUAAAAUAGCAUCUUAAUUUUUGGCUGUAAAUCAUUCUAGGCUUUUUCUGUCACAAAUCAAUGAAAUAAAAUAAGAAUAAUGUGGUGGCUAUAUUAGUGAGGGCAGUUUUAACUUGUAUUGGCUUUUCUCCAUUAUUUCUCAUAUAUACCUAGUGAAUCCUUAUAGCAGGCCCAUGAACAGCUAUCUGAGCAAUAUCCUUACUUUCAUGUGUAAGGUAAAGAGGAAGUAGAGAAAGAAGAAAAAGUUUAAUUUAGUUAAGGCCACAUGCCAAUUUAGUGGUCAUGCUAGCUAUAAAACUUAUUCUUUUCUAGCCUUGGCUCUUACAUUAUGAUGCAUUUCUUUUUUCCUUUGGCCUAUGCAUUUAUCCAAGGUUGGUUUGUGCUGUUCCUGUUAUGUGACUAUGCUUAAAAUGUUUAAUUUAGUUUCCUUUUAAAAAAAGGUCCUGUGACUGAAGUGUUAUAUUGCUGUGCUAUCUUUAGCCGAUGGUAUUCAUAGAGUCUGGAAAAAUAUAAGCCAGUACACACAUUAAUACUCAGGCCACAGAGAGCUGGCAUUUACUCAAAUGCUAAAUAAGACACAAGGGUCUGAUUUGAAAGCCCACAUGGAAGGCUUUUCAGUCCUGUGGUGAGCAUUCUCUACCAGAUGGAGCAGAGGUCUUUUGCAUGAUGUGCAGUUUGCAUCCAGCUCCCAUUCUGCCUCACAUUGGCAGAUAAACUUUAUCCAAACCCCACCACACAUGGAAGACACAGCUUAGGCCAGAUAAAGGAAUUAUAUCUUUGCUAAAUGAAUCCACUGAUGACUCUGCAUUUAGUGGUUGUGAUUUUUUUCACUAAAGGUUUAGAAAGGAGACUCUACUUUGAAACUAGAUCCUUGAAUUUCCACAUUUGGAUGAAGAGGCAUCCUUAUGCCAGCAGGGUGCCUUUUACAGGAGAGCAGAGGAUAGUUUGAAUUGCAGAGUUAAUUAUUACAGUCUAGAGUGAGGUGAAAGGGGAGAACUUUAAGUCUCCUGCUCAUUCUGUUGCCUUCUUCCACACCCAUGUGUGGCUGCUCCAGUGAGAGUCCCAACUUGGUAGAUUGCCACUGUGAUGGCAAAGGAGUUUUCACAGCAGAGGGGCAACCAGCAUGGACACAUUGAAGCUGAGUCUGGUUAGACUGGGGCUAUUGUGAUCAAUGUUUUCCAAGAAUCCAUUAGGAUUUGAAAGCCUGUAUUUCUCCUCCAGCCUCUUAAUGAGGUUACAUGGCUUCACUCACUUGAAUUAGGCAGUUGCUCCUUUAGUAAAUGGAGCAAAUUAAUGUGGCACUUCCCACUGCCUGGAGAGAAAUACACCUCACAAACUAUUAAGGCAAAAUUAUGUCCACAUUUGUAAUUUUUAAGAUGCCAGCAUUUACUCAGAAUCUGUUGCUAGUUAACAAUCAGGGAGGAAGAGCUCAUGCUUCCAUUUGUAGCACAAAAAUCUCUAAAAUGGAAAUGGAUUCUCACCUGAGCUAAUUUGGGGAAUAGAUUUCUAGGUUAAAAUUGGAUAAUUCUCAUGUUGAGUACCGUAAGUUUCUUUUUUAGUUGUUUUGGCCUGAGUUAAUAUUACCUUGUUUUCUUUCCUCAAAAAUGUAAAUAGGCAUGCUGCCACUGUCAUGGCAUACUUUAAUGUGAAUGUGUUUUGAAAGAGUUGUGAAUACUUAAAUUAUAGUCAUUUUAAUGAAAAUUAAUAAAGCAAUUUUUUUCUUAUUUUAGAAUCAAAAUAUGAAUUUGAUAUUAGGGAAAUGAGAGUCUUGCUCUUUAUUUCAUUCCUUUUUUUGUCCUUCCUGCCCCAGUACCUGACCCCAGCAGUUAGAUGAAGGAAGCCCAUAUAUGUGCAUUGUGUUUGUUCAGUUGGCUGUCAGGCAGUUGAGGGAACCUCAUUUAGAAAAUUCAUCUCUGAAAGUGUAGUGACAGGGGGAGACCCAGGGCACCUCCCUGGCUGUUCUCCAUAGACUCAGCCCAGCUCUCUGUUCUCUGGCAAUUUGGUCAUGGGUGCAGGGUAUACCACCACUGCCCCUCAAUUCUCCCCAGCCAUCAUGUUGCAACUUUACUUUUGCUCUUUAUUUUAUUUUUUACUUCUUUCUCUUUUUCUUAAGUUAGAGUCAAAGUUCAUCUUCACAUUCAUUAUGAUGCUUCCCUAAAAUCCUUUUAUAGGGUAAAAGUUAUGUUUCCAAAAGGCAAACUGCUUCAUUUCCUAAAUAAAACUGAAUUCUGGAUUUACUAGAUGUUAAUUCCUAGAUUAAGAUUGCUCCCUUGCAUAGCAUGAGUCUACACUUUCUCAUAACAGAAAUUCUAUAUAUUUCUCCUAGCUCCACUUUAUUCAGGUAUGUUUUUUUAUAAGUGGUCUUUAUAUAAGCAGUUUCACCUUCCAUGAAGGCUUACAACUCAACUACUACUUAUUCAGAAGAGCAGCAAACAUCAUAUAUCUGAGUGUUCAUUUGUUGCCUUACACGUACUUUGUAGUUGUUUCAGCUGGUAGAUGUCAGUGGGUCCUUCUGACGAGGUGUAUCUGUGUAGAUAAUAAAUAAAAAUGGAUUCAUAAUGUGGUGAUUGAUAUUUCAUGUACAUAUUUUAUUUCUGAACAUCAUUUUAUUCAGCUGUAUUUCAUUGCCUUACAAAGAUGUGUAACAGUCAUUUAUAUGUCUUAUA